GAAGGCUGUUUGUGCCCACACUGGUAACAGGGACCCUUGGAGAAGAGUGAUCCUCCUACAGAGAUGAUGAAUGGCCAAGGGAGAGUCAGUCCUGGAAGUGCAGCCCCAGCAGAAGAGAGAGGCUGCUCCUGGCUGAAGAUCUGGGUCUUCCUUAUUUUUGCCCUUGCAAUCAAAGCUGCCAUUGGGACCUUGUGCCUCUUGUUUGUGCUGUACCCUGGUUUCAGGAGCUGCAGCUUGGUUCCCUUCUGCCACAGCAGUGACCAGCCCUCAGCCCUGCAGCAGCAGUUCUCGGAGUGGGAGUGCGACUCAGCGGUGCCACAAGGCACAGACCGAGGCUGGAUGUGCUGCCCAAAGGGCUGGAGAAGGUUUCAAGGAAGCUGCUAUUUCCUGUCCCCUGACAUGAUGUCAUGGGAUGAGAGUGCACGGAACUGCACUGGGAUGGGCUCCCAGCUGGUGGUGAUCACCAGCAAGGCAGAGCAGGAAUUUCUCUCUGAGCAGAUAAGUCAAUCUAAACAACCUAAACCAGACAAUUUCUACAUUGGACUGUUUGCAGAGCAGGAGGGCCAGUGGCAGUGGGUGGACAAGACUCCCUACAAUGGGACAGCAGCGUUCUGGAGAAAAGGAGAACCAAAUUAUUUAGAUGGUGAAAAUUGCACCGUAAUUCAUGUGCCUACACCAACUCCCAACAACUGGAAUGACGUCAUAUCAAAUUUGGAGUGUCAUCGAAUUUGUGAAGCUGCAGCAGUAACUGUGUGAUGGAAAUGCCCCUGUUCUGAGUGAAGCUGGGAGCUCAGCAGGGAGCUGGGAACAGCUCUGGCUGUGCUGGGAAGGGUGGGGAGCUCUGACACAUCUUCACUGUUUGGGGUGGGACCACGUGUGUGGAAAUGAAAUGAGCUUUGUCCAGCAUCCCCAGUGCAUGUGCUGGCUCAGGGAACACAGGGAGGCUCAGGCUCUUUGGAGCAUCUCCUGUGUUCUUGAGUCCUCUUCUCUCUAUGUGGUUCCAGCAGCCUCUGGCUGAAAAGAGAUGGACUUCUCCAGGAGGAAGGCGCUGGAAUAGAAGGCAGAUAUCCUGAGAUUCAAUGUCCUCUGUCUCCUUGAGCAGAGCUGUUUGCUUUUUGUUGAGUCACACACAAAAUGUCCUCUAGCUGUACUGGUUUUGCUGAACAAAUUCUGAAAUCUUAGACAAGAGAAAAUACAGUAUCGGACUAAUGAAGAAA